GAGAAUGAAGACCGUUCUCAGCAAUCAGACUGUCGACAUUCCAGAAAAUGUCAACAUCACUCUGAAGGGGCGCACAGUCAUUGUGAAGGGCCCCAGGGGAACUCUGAGGAGGGACUUCAAUCACAUCAAUGUAGAACUGAGUUUUCUUGUAAAGAAAAAGAAAAGGCUCCGUGUUGACAAGUAAUGGGGUAAUAGGAAGUAACUGACCACUGUCAGAAACAUCUGCAGUCAUGUUCAGCACAUGAUCAAGGGUGUGACACUGGGCUUCUUUUACAAGAUGAGGUAUGUGUGUGCUCACUUCCCUAUCAACAUCAUUAUUCGGGAGAAUGGGUCUUUGGUUGAAAUCCAAAAUUUCUUGGGUGAAAAAUACAUCCGGAGGGUUCAGAUGAGGACAGGUGUUGCUUGUUCUGUCUCUCAAUCCCAGAAGGAUGAGUUAAUCCUUGAAAGAAAUGAUAUUGAACUUGUUUCAAAUUCAGCGGUUCUGAUUCAGCAAGCCACAACAGUUAAAAACAAGGAUAUCAGGAAGUUUUUGGAUGGCAUCUAUGUUUCUGAGAAGGGAACCAUGCUGAAGUCUGAGGAAUGA